GUCACCGUCAUUACAUUUUCAAGCAAAAGGUGCAGGAUCUCGCAAGUCUAUUAUACGCAUGAUAGACAAAACCCUAUGAAUUUUCGACAAUCAGAUAUCGUCACACUCGAUGGGACUGAGGAGGAGGUUCGUCCCCAAGCAACCUCCGUUUUGGGUUGGUUAUUGGCCGAGUCGCGCUGGAAAUCUGCGUCAGACCGUAACUAGGCAAGCUGAGGUCGGAUUUAGGACACAAUCGAGGACCCUUGAGUGCAUCCGACGUGAUGAUCUUCCAUCGACCCACGCGGCACUCUCGCAGUUUACACCUUUAUUCGCUUCGACGUUUGAGAAAUCCCAGAAGGAAGUUAUAGAACCAAUCUAUGGCAUGGUCUACCGUUUCCAAAACCGUUUCCACGAGGCCUACGAUGUCUUAUCUACUGUCCGUAGCCUAAGCAGCAAGACCCUUGCUCAUCUGGCGGCCGUCAUGUGUGAGCUCGGAGAAGAAAGCAGGGCCAUACCAAGGUUGGAGGCAUGGCAGGGGCCCGCAUUCGACUCGCAUUAACAAACGCACAUCUCACCGGGGGUAUUCGCCAAUUAUUGUCUGGGAAGGCCUGGCAUGGCUGUCAAAAAACCCAAUCCAUGUACCAAGAAUUAGAGACAAGUGGCCGGCUCGGGUGGAUGGAUCGUAUUUCAGUUUCUUUAGGUAUUGCAAUUACUGAACAUGUGGGUAAGCAACCUGGAUCAGCCAUCCAGAAAUGGCAGGACGUCCGUAACCUGUCCAGGCAGUUCCAACUGCCUUUCGGCUAUACUGAUGUGAUCGUCGACCUUUCUAUCUGUGAGCUAGAAGCGAGCCUUGGGAGACUACAAGAAAUUGAGGUGAUGAGGGCAAGAGAUGCGCUGAUGAAUGUGAGGUGCCAAUUUUAUUUCACCCUCUUGGGUCCUGUCUGGCUGGGCCUCCUCAAACAGUGGCUUCAACCAAAUGGGCGACAGCAAGCUUGAAUAGCUGAGCUUCAAGAUUGCGUAGGCCUAAACAGGCAGUCGCUAAUUGACACUAUUCUUACUGAUUGUUCAAAGAGAAAAAAAAAACGUAUUAGCAAUAUAAAGACACUGCAACAAAAUUGAGUCUAACAACUAUUAAUGUUAUUACGAUGUCUCUAGCGGUAUGGUGUUAUCAAGGAUGUGCAGGUGCUAGCUGAUACAUAGUCACUAGGUUAGUAGACAAAGUGUCUAGUUAUAGUCGUAUUUCUAUUCCUCCGCCGCUGAACAUGAUCCUAGAAGCUCAUGAGUACUUAUAUCAUGUAUCAUCAUGGCCACUUCAGACAUACUAUCAAGGUCCACUGUGCCAUGGAAUCGUAGCGGUAUAGUAAACC